GUGACAAAAUUCGGCUCAGACGUCCUCUCCCGUGUUCGAGACGACAACGGAAACACUGCGCUACACAUGACAUGCAGAAAUGGACACAUAGACGUGCUGGAUUAUCUUCUUCCUCUUGUCACCCCUUCCGCCCUGUCUGCACACAAUAGCGCCGGCCCGACUGCCCUUCACCAAGCAGCGCUGAACCAGCAUCUCGAAGUAGCGCAGAAGUUGGUUCACUUUACUGGGGCUGAUCUAAUUGAUAUAAAAAAUACCGCCGGACGAUCACCCUUGAGUGAAGCUGAAAUGAUCGGAUGGGAUGAGGGCGCAAGGUGGCUUAUUCCCUUUCGGGAAGGCUGA